GGCGAUCCCGGAACUAAAAAAACAUAAGAAACAAUAACCCCGGUCUAGGGAAGAGCCCUCCAAAUUUCCGUUUAAAAAUAUUUUUUUCCUUCUCAGAAUCUACACGAACCUUGAGAGGAGAAAAAUCAUCUCGUCAAUCCUACCAACGUUUUGCAAAAGGAAAUGUUUCCAUUUUGGAAACGUCUUCUGAGGGAAAAUAUAUUGUUUUGGAGAACACUCAUCGGUCAAAAGAAGAAAGAAUGGAAAUUGAGAAGACGGAUUGAUGGAAGGAGGGAAAUUGUUUAUACAUUCCCUAGAGAUUUUGUUUUGAGGCCUGGAAAGACUGUUAAGAUUUGGGCGAAUGGACAUGGAAUACAUUCUCCUCCAGACCAAUUAGUUUAUGAGGGUGAAGAUAAUUUUGGAGUUGGAUAUAAUGUGCAAACAAUACUUUACAAUAGAGAAAAUGAGGAACGUGCAUCACUUAUUCAACGCUCUUCAGGCCGACAAUAA